UUUACAAAAUGGUAUUGUGAUAUUUGAGCAGAUAUUGGGAUCGGAGGUCAGCUCCCAAACAUUCAGACAACUAUGUCUUCUUAUUGCGGCUAUGGAUUCUCCGUCUCAGAUGCUACAAUUCCUUCUACCAGCAGAGCCUUCAUCUCUAAUCCAUGGCAUUGGGACCUUUCCACCUCUUCUUUUUCCCACCCUCAUCGCCUUCAUUUCCCUGCAUUUCGACCUCGGAACAUCAGGAAUCCCUAUAGCAAAGCGAGCGGAACCAGAACUUCCUUCUCUGCCUUGCCUUUUGAUCUUUCCCCUCCUCCAAUCGAUGAGGACCUCCUUGAGGCUGCCGCGGUUGAAGGUGCAAGGAUUUCUGAUGAUGGGAUUAUUGAAACUUUUCAUAAUGAUGAAGAAGCGCUGGAUGCAGCUAAUAAUGGGGUUGCUGUUGUGGAUCUCUCUCAUUUUGGCCGAAUAAGGGUUAGUGGAGAUGAUCGUUGUCAGUUUCUUCAUAACCAAAGCACAGCUAAUUUUGAAAGUUUACGUCAAGGGCAAGGGUGCAGUACUGUAUUUGUUACACCUACUGCUCGGACCAUUGAUAUUGCACAAGCAUGGAUCAUGAAAAAUGGCAUCACAUUAAUUGUGUCACCAGUGACGCGUGAAAGCAUAAUUCGGAUGCUCAACAAGUACAUUUUUUUGGCGGACAAGGUAGAAAUUCAAGAUAUUACCAAGCAAACAUCCUUGUUAGUGUUGGUGGGACCUAAAAGCAACCAAAUUAUGGAGGAUUUGAACCUUGGUAGUAUAGCUGGAGAACCAUAUGGAACACACCAGCACUUUAGUGUCAAUGGUAUGCCAAUUACCGUGGGGGUGGGAAACGUCAUUUCUGAAGAAGGCUUUUCGCUGUUGAUAUCACCUGCUGUGGCUGGACAAGUUUGGAAAGCUCUAGUUUCUCUAGGUGCUGUUCCAAUGGGCUCAAAGGCUUGGGAAAAGCUGAGGAUAUUUCAAGGCAUGCCAGCACCGCAGAAAGAGCUUAGUGACGAAUUCAAUGUACUCGAAGCUGGUCUUUGGAAUUCAAUUUCUCUAAACAAGGGUUGUUACAAGGGACAAGAGACAAUAUCUAGAUUAAUAACAUAUGAUGGAGUAAAACAGAGAUUGUGGGGACUUCAGCUAUCAGAUUCGGUGGAACCUGGCAGCCCAAUAACCAUUGAUGGAAAAAGGGUGGGAAAACUUACAAGCUAUACACCAGGAAGAAAGGAGUCGGAGCAUUUUGGUCUUGGCUACAUCAAGAAGCGAGCUGCUUCCAAUGGAGACACUGUAAUUGUUGGAGAAAACACCAUUGGUAAGGUGGUGGAAGUUCCAUUUUUAGCUCGACAACAACCUAUAUCCAACAGCUCAAGCAACACGCCUCAAAGCAGUGUACAAUAGUUAUUACUACUUCACUGGGCUUCACCCAAUGCUCUAUAUUUCUUCAAUAUUUUUAGAUAUGGAUCCUGAGGACGAUGGUUUUUAAACCCUGCUUGUUCAUAUCAUAAGGGGUUUGCAUGUAGUUCAACUAUAUUUGUAAUAUGCAUUUGGACUAUAUUUUAUGGUAGGAGCUUCAAGGAUUCUAGUAUAAGAAUUUUGUACUUUAAAAUUGUUUCCCCUAUAACGUAUUAGACGAGGUCCUGAAAUUCGAUGUGAAAGGUUUCUUUAGGAGGCAUUAGGCCAAAGAGUUGGAGAAUAGGAUUUCAGGGGUGGACUCCACUCCUUGUUUUGUGCCCAAGGAAUAAAUUGAAUUCCACUACUAAAAAA